GCCCGCGGCGGCUCGCUGUAAAGAUGGCGUCGCGCAGCGCCGACUUCCGGCGGGAGCCCCGCCCCUUCCGGGGCAGCCGCGCGCCGAGCUGUUGUGGGGGGCGCGCCUUGCGGACGGGACCACCGAGGGGGGUGCCCCUCCCUGCUGACCCUCAACCUCCGGCCUCACACCUCUGACCUCCGCCCUCUGCAUCCGCGACCUCCGAACUCCGACCUGCCCUCUCCUGAUGCUGACCGCCAUCUUACAUCGCUGACCGCCAUUUUAUGUCAAUGACCGCCAUCUUACAUCGCUGACCGCCAUCUUACGUCACUGACCGGCCCCCACCCCCCAAAGCCAGGGGAGCGUGGGGGGGAGGAGGCGGCCAUGCUGCCGGGGGUGCGGACGGCGGCGCUGGGGGCCGUCGAGGUGCCGGGGUCCCCCUACAGCGUGCGGGUGCUGCAGGAGGGCUACAGCGAGGCGCAGCCCGACGGCCGCCUGCGGGCCGACGGCUCCGUCACCCUGGUGCGGGGGCCGCUGACGGCGCUGGUGGACACGGGGGGGCCCUGGGAUCGCCGGCGGCUGCCGGCGCUGCUGGCGGCCCAGGGCCUGCGCCCGGCCGACGUCACCCACGUCCUCUGCACCCACGGCCACUCGGACCACGCCGGCAACAUCAACCUCUUCCCCGAGGCCACCUUGCUGGUGGGCUUCGACCUGAGCCGCGGCGCCGGGCUCUACCUGCCCCACGGCCUGGCCCGGGGGCAGCCCUACGUCCUGGAGCCCGGGCGCCUGGAGGUGCUGCCCACGCCGGGCCACACGGGCGCCCACGUCAGCGUGGCCGUGCACGGCACCGCCCUGGGCACCGUGGUGGUGGCCGGGGACCUCUUCGAGCGCGAGGGCGACGAGGACGCGUGGCGGGAGCUGAGCGAGGACCCGGCGCGCCAGGAGGCCAGCCGCCGGCGGGUGUUGGCCAUGGCCGACGUCAUCGUGCCGGGCCACGGGCCCCCCUUCCGCGUCUUCAGGGAGUGGGGGGCCGGCGAUGUCCCCCUGGGCGGGGGGACGCCGGGGGGUGAGCCCGAGGGGGACGAGGGACCUGGGGAACGGCCCCUAGGGACAUCCCUUGGGAAGGGACAGGACUAGGGACAGCCCUGAGGGACGGGGGAGACUUGGGGAGCCAAGAGUCCAGAAGAUGUCCCCAAGGAAGAGGUGGGAAUGCACUUAGGGAUGUCCCCGAGGGAUGGGAGAAGUUUGAGGACAUCCCAGAGGGACCCGGAAAUGUCCCCGAGGGACGGGAGAGAAGGAUUUCUGCCGCCCCCCCAGCAAAGG